UGCCUCUUUGUCCUUUUCCGACCAGGCGAAGUCAAUAAAAUAAUCAUUCAUAAUCCUCGAAAUUGUGUUUUUCAGUUUCUUUGGCUCCGCAUUCAGCACUGAAAGUAUAUUUGAUUGUCCUUGGUUCCUCUGUCAACUCAAUUUCAUUGUUCAUCUCAUCAUCGUCUCUCUUGUUUAUCCUGAUACCAGCACAAGCUCUGAAAGUUUCAUUCCCAGUGUUAGUUGUUCCUUGAUUGCCAAAAGUAUAAUCCCAUUGGAGUAUACAUCAAACCCAGGUUAAAUUACCAGGAAGAAUCGGUGUAAAAUUGUAAAUUCCUGAUCCUUGAUUACCUAAAUUACGUCUCGAGUUUUUUAAUGCAAAUAAAUACCGGUCUUCAUUUCAAUUCUCCCUCCUUUCAUUCUCCUUUGAUUUGACAGGGUUAUUUCGCAGUUGCUGUAACAACCUACGGUAACCCUCAGAUUUUUGUUGUUCAAUUUAUCCUGAAAAUGUUUCGAAGCUCUUCAAAUAGAUUGUUGUCAUCUUUAGUAAUUGGUAAUUAUGGUGCCAUCAAAUCUUCUACAAAUUAUUCAGCUCAGUCAUCUGUUCGCCCUUUUUCUUCGAUGAGAGCAACUGUUAAACCUGUCAGCAAAAGGAAAUUUAUUCCCUCAAGAGCUGCUUUGAUGCUUAGUCCAAACGCUGUAUCCAGGAUUAAAGAAGUACUGAAGGAUCAGCCAGGUGCUAUUGGAUUACGAGUAACUGUUAAACAAAAAGGAUGCAAUGGACUAACUUAUCAUCUAGAUUACGCCAAAGAAAAAAAUAAGCUCGACGAAGAAGUUGUUCAAGAUGGAGUUUGUGUAUUUUUAGAUAGCAAAGCUUUAUUAACAUUAUUAGGAACUGAAAUGGAUUUUGUCGAAACAAAAUUAUCCUCUGAGUUUGUUUUCAAAAAUCCAAAUGUCAAAGGAACCUGUGGUUGUGGUGAAAGUUUCACCAUUUAAUGAUUGUCUAUUAUACUGUUUUAACUUAAAAUAAUUGUUAUAAAUUGGUCAAAUGUAUAUAUUUUA